AUGCCGGCACGAUCUUUCAAAUCCCUUUUCAUUGCAGUCAGUGGAACAAUUCCUGGGCACAAGCAGGCUGACAUCAAGACCUUGGUUGAGGCCCAAGGAUCUACGUUCAUGACUGCCCUGGAUAACACGUGCACCCAUUUGAUCACAACUGAGAAGGAAGUUGAGAGAAAGGGCACCAAGUAUCAAGCGGCUUGCAAGAUUCCCACCUGCAAAAUUGUGAGUGUGGAUUGGCUGGUCUCUUCAGGUGAAGCCAAGAAAGUCCUUCCUGAGAAAGCAUUUCUUCUGUCUUCAGACUCGAAUAGCGAUGCCACAUUGCCCAUGCUUGACGGGAUUUCGGACAACCCAAAGAAACGCGCCAUAAAGGAGGAAGAUGAUGAAGACGCCCAAAAGUCCAAGAAAAGCAAAAAUGACUCUCAGAAAAGCCACUCUAAACCAUUGAACAUCCCUAUCGAUGAAGGGUUUUUUCACAACUGUCCCUUCAAAGGCCCUCAGUAUGCACACGUCUAUAUUUCAUCUGAUGGGUUGAUCUGGGAUGCGACACUCAACCAGACAGAUUCAGGAAAGAACAACAACAAAUUUUACCGCGUCCAGCUCAUUGCUUCCGAUGGUGAGAAAGAGUUCGUGGCGUGGACACGCUGGGGUCGUGUUGGCGAGUUCGGGCAGUUUUCCUGCCUAGGGCAUGGCUCCUUGGAAGAUGCCAAAAGAUCCUUUGAAAAGAAAUUCAAAGACAAGUCGGGUCUGACGUGGGAAAACCGCCUGAAUCCUCCCAAGAAAGGGAAAUACACCUUCAUCGAGCGUGACUAUGAGGAUGAUGAGGACGAUACCGAGGAGACAGUGACAAAGAACGAUUCAGAUGAGGUUAAGAUCAAGGUUGAAAGUACUCUCACCAAGCCCCUUCAAAGUCUUAUGUCUUUCAUUUUCAACCCCGAGCACUUCCAAUCUACUUUGGCCUCAAUGUCUUAUGAUGCGCAGAAGUUGCCGUUGGGGAAGUUGAGUGAACGGACCCUCAAAGCAGGUUUCACGAUCUUGAAAGAGCUGGCGGAGCUUAUUGCCACCCCCAAUACUGGAACAGAUUGGCAACAGUCUCUUGUGACUCUCAGCAAUCGAUACUUCACCACGAUUCCGCACGUCUUUGGUCGCAACAGACCCCCAAUCCUGAACUCAGAUGCACUGAUCAAAAAAGAGGUUGAGUUACUGGAUGCCUUGACGGACAUGGACGUUGCAAAUGAAAUCAUGAAAGACUCGAAGCUGUCUGAUAUCAACGAGCUGGACCGGCAGUUCCAGGGCCUUGGUAUGAAGGAGAUGACUCAACUUGAUCACAACGGAACCGAAUACCAUGAGCUUGUCGCUUACCUCAACAAUUCCCGUGGCGCAACUCACAACCUCAAUUACAAUGUUAUCGACAUAUUUCGCAUUGAACGCCAAGGCGAACACGACCGCUUUACUUCCUCUCCCUUUGCAAAGCUCAAGAACAGUGACCGCCGCCUUCUCUGGCACGGGUCUCGAAGCACAAAUUUCGGUGGCAUUCUGAGCCAGGGUCUGCGCAUCGCCCCACCAGAGGCACCAGUGAACGGAUACAUGUUUGGGAAGGGUGUCUACCUCGCUGACACGUCCACCAAGUCUGCUAACUACUGCUGUCCACGUAACAGUGGUAACACUGGUCUGUUACUGCUGUGUGAUGCCGAGCUAGGUGACCCUAUGCUGGAACUUGUCAGCAGUGACUACUCGGCUGGGGAAAACGCGAAGAGCCAAGGGAAGAUCGCCACCCUUGGCCAGGGCCGAUGCAUCCCUGGAGGAUGGAAGGAUGCUGGCUGUCUGACAUCCAAUCUGAAGAGUGUCAAGAUGCCUGAUGUGGCGGUCGAUCAGCAUCGGAAUGUGCCCGGCAAGUAUCUGAUGUACAACGAGUACAUCGUCUACGAUGUAGCUCAGAUCAGGCAGCGUUAUCUCUUUUACGUUCGCAUGAGUUGA